AUGGCCUCUGUCGCCCCCUACAAGAUCCACGUUCCGGAUGAGAAGCUCCAGCAACUUCGUCACAAAUUAGACCAUGCCACCUUCCCAGACGAACUCGACGCCUCAGGGUGGGACAUGGGUGUGCCUCUCGAUGAGGUCAAACGGCUUGUCGCCAUCUGGCGGGAUCAAUUCGAUUGGCGGAUACAGGAAGCACGAUUGAAUCAUGAUCUCAAGCAAAUCAGCGUUCAAAUCGCCGUGGAUGGCUUUGGAAAUUUGGAUAUGCACGCCGUGCACCACAAAAGUGGGAAUAGCAAGGCCAUCCCACUAUUGUUUAUCCAUGGGUGGCCUGGCAGCUUCCUGGAAGCAACCAAGCUCAUCCCCCUGCUCACGGAGAACGAAGGAAACGGUCCGGUAUUUGACGUUGUGGCACCCUCCUUACCCAACUUUGGAUUCUCUCAAGGAGUGAAAACAGUAUGCUUCAAUCUUCAACAUACCAUAUUAUACUUACCGAGAUCAGAGGGGGUUCGGGCUAGCACAGUAUGCCGAGUCUUGGUACAAGGUGGCGACUGGGGGAGCAUGAUAGCUCGUACCAUAUCCCAAUUCUACCCUCAGCACGUCCAGGCCAUACACCUGAAUUUCAUCCCGGUGAUACCGCCCUAUCCAUGGCGAAGCCCAUACCAGUUCUGCAAAUCCCUGAUCUCAGUGCCCUUCUCCGCGAAAGACAGAAGUCUUAUUGCCCAGACAGUCGGGUAUUUUACUCGUGACAAUGCAUACAUGAAGCAGCAGGAGACUCGGCCCCAGACUCUAGGGUAUGGGCUUCACGACAGUCCCGUUGGACUUCUCGCAUGGAUCUGCGACAAGAUGCACUCAUGGUCUGAUGACUAUCACUGGACAGACGAGGAGAUUUUGACUUGGGUAAGUGUUUACUACUUUUCAACGGCUGGGCCAACAGCCUCAGCGAGGAUUUACUUUGAGGCCUCGGCGCCGAAAAGAGAGCUUGGUGAGUCUACUAUGGACGAUGGGUCUUCAAAGAUACAGACGCCGGAUUUGAGGUACAUGUCGCUAGAGCAGGUCCUUGGCGCUCGAGCUCCCCCAAAAGUGCUCUUUGCCGUGGCACAGUUCCGGAAAGAACUCAUCAUGUUUCCCAUGUCGUGGUAUCGGUCUAUUGGAAACGUCGUACAGGAGCACGAGUACGAUAGUGGGGGGCAUUUCGCGGCCUGGGAGGUUCCCAAUUUGCUGGCUGCCGACAUCAAGCAGUUUCUAGGCAAAGCAGGACCAGCUUUCGGGAUAGUAGCCGAUAGGAAUGGUUAUUGA